GCGCCUACGGUCAACUAGCCUAUUAUAUUAGUUAGGUUGGAGUGUUUAGAAAAAGUGAAGUCAGGCCAAAGUUUUAACAGAAUUAUCGCUACAUAUUCUGCACAUCAGUAUCAACAGCAAAAACUGACCAAUCACUGCUUUUAUGCAUCGUCCGAUGCAAUCAUAAACACAAAGGAGUCGUUGGAGGAGAUGAUUACGCUCACAAAUUAAAGUUGUUACAGCUAGCUCGCUAGCUAAAGAAAACGAGGAGCGUGGCUGGCCAUGGCUCAGGAGGUGGGGCUGCAGUAUGAGCCUGUGGCAGAGAUUGGAGGUGGGGCCUAUGGCACGGUGUAUAAGGCGCGGGACAGGCUGAGCGGGCAGUUUGUGGCUCUGAAGAGCGUUCGAGUGCAGACUGACCAGGAUGGUCUGCCCCUGUCUACGGUCCGGGAGGUGGCCCUGCUCAAGCGGCUGGAGCAGUUUGACCAUCCCAACGUGGUCAAAUUGAUGGACGUUUGUGCCACCCUGCGGACAGACCAGGAGACGAAGGUAACACUGGUCUUUGAGCAUGUGGAUCAGGACCUCAAAACCUACCUGGAGAAGGCGCCUUCUCCUGGGCUUCCUGCCAGCCAGAUCCAGGACCUAAUGCGGCAGUUACUGUGCGGACUGACCUUCCUCCACUCCAAUUGCAUCGUCCACCGAGACCUGAAGCCAGAGAACAUCCUGGUGACCAGCCGAGGACAGGUCAAGCUGGCCGAUUUCGGACUCGCACGCAUCUACAGCUGUCACAUGGCCCUCACCCCAGUGGUGGUCACUCUGUGGUACCGCGCCCCAGAGGUUCUCUUGCAGUCGUCCUACGCCACCCCAGUCGACAUCUGGAGCACUGGCUGCAUCUUCGCCGAGAUGUUCCGACGCAAGCCGGUGUUCUGUGGUGAGUCCGAGGUGGACCAACUGGGAAAGAUUUUUGAAGUGAUUGGCCUACCAGCAGAAGAGGACUGGCCCACUGAUGUCACGCUGUCACGGCGCAAUUUCAGCCCUGUCAACCACCGUCCAAUCACAGACUUUGUUCCUGAGAUCAGCCCCCAGGGGGCAGACUUGCUGCUGGAGAUGUUGGCCUUUGACCCUCUGCGAAGAAUCUCAGCCCUGAAUGCUUUGGACCAUCUGUAUUUUCAGGAGGGGUGAUGAGGCGGGCAAUGGUUGGGGAGGGGGGUCCAGCUGAUGGGUUGGUGAGAGUCAGUGAAGGGUGUUUUGGAAGAAAGGGUAAAUGACAGCUGCGGGGAGCGUAAUGGCAGAGGGAACUGCACUGUAGUUGCAACCCAAACACCAGUAAUUUCCAGAUUUGGAACAAUGCAAUCCCUCAUAUCUAUGAGCUUUUUUCUUUCUACAGGAAAGCCUGUGGGUCUCUAAUGGUGCUCCAUCAUACUGUACUGCCUUAUAAGAAGCAAGGGAAGACUGCAAAGGGGGUUGAGAGUGAUAGACAAAAGCCGGGAUGGAAAAGUGAGGGAAAUACUUGAGUUGAAUAUCUUGGACCAAUUUGUGGGAGAAGGAAUCCAAAAGCAACCAGCAACUGAGGCUGGAAUUCAGGCAACAUUUGUCCUCCACUUUGACCAAGUGAAAAGUGAACAAAACCAGAAAUCGCUGACACUUAACUUUCCAAACUAAAGGUCAAAGUUCAGGACGUGUGCCGAUUGAAUGCCUGUCUGAGUAUCACCAACAGCCUUUUAAUCCUGUAUUUUAUAUUUUAAAGACAUAUCUGUGGGAAUAAUGGCGAGUGGCUUUUUCUUUUUUUUUUGUUGAAUCAUUUCAAACAUUUGAAUGGCUGAGUUAGUUGAGUGGGGGAAUGAGCAGAGUGCGUCGGUUGCGCACACUAACGUCUUUGUAGAUGGAGAUUUAGCUGAAUAAUGCUUCUCUCUACACACACCCAUCAGUCCCAGUUGCAUUCCAGCAUUUCAUUCCACUCAUACCUUUGGGGAAAACAUUCCUUCACUUGCUAACCAAAAUAUGGGUAUUGAGGCAACAUACCGCAAUGUUAUGUAUUAAUAUUACUGUGGUUAUUAAAUGCUGCUUUCCUUUCA